CCAUAACACAGUCAUUCACAUAUUCGAAGUGCGAAGUUUUGGAAAUCAAUCAUGGCUAACACAAUGUUUGUGAAAGUUAUUUUGUUGGCUAUGACAUGCUUCGUUUUGAGCAGUCCCUUAGCCAAUGCAGCCCUUUCAUGUGGUCAGAUACAACUCAGUAUAACACCAUGCAUUGGGUACCUUAGGAGCCCAACUCCAACUGUCCCUGCUCCAUGUUGCAAUGGAGUUAGAAAUUUAAAUAACCUAGCUAAAACUACCCCUGAUCGUCAAGGUGCUUGUAGGUGUCUCAAAUUCACUGCCACCCGCUUUCCUGGACUCAAUCUUCCCGCUCUUGCUGCUCUUCCCACCAAUUGUGGUGUCAACUUGCCCUAUAAAAUUAGUCCAUCCAUUGACUGCAACAUAGUGAAGCACUGAGCAGCUUGUAGGCCUUGCGUUUGAUGAAUAAGUAUUUAUUGGUUUGUGAUGAUAACCAAGAAGGAAUAAAGAUGUCUUCACUUAUCUUGUUGCAACCGAAUCCCCUCUAGGGGAUCACUAUGUUUACUUUGGAUUUCAAUAAUAAUUAAAAUAAAAUCUAUAAUAUUUGGUACAAAAUAUUCAUUAUCCACUAUCACAUUUGGAUUACAAUAGCACUUUAAUAUGAUAUUCAAGCUCACACAAUUAAAUGUUUUGAUUUACUAUAAUAUUUUAAGCGCUGUUAUAA